GCAAAGGGGGCGGGAAUCCGCUCGUUUCCGCCGUGAGACUCGUGUCUGUUGUUUAUGAGCGAUUAACUGGGAGCCGCUGUCAAAAAGGACCCGUUAAAGUGUUCGCUUUGACAUGAGGUUUCUCUAUUAUGUGAAGUUGUUUCUGAAUAAACUGUGUCCUGAGAGCUGACACCUGGCUGCAAAUCUACUAUAACCUAAACAGGUAUCUUAAAUCAUGAAGCAGCUGCCUCCAGAUACGGUGCGGCUGCUGUCCAGCUCCCAGGUCAUCACGUCUGUGGUGAACGUUGUGAAAGAACUGAUGGAGAAUUCCCUGGACGCUGGGGCUUCAAGCAUUGACAUUAAACUGGAGAACUACGGUUUGGACCGGAUAGAGGUGCGUGACAACGGCUGUGGAAUCCGAGCCGAAGAUGCUUCCGUGAUGGCCGUGAGACAUUUCACCUCCAAGAUCUGUUGCCACGAGGACCUGGAGCGUCUGGAGACGUACGGCUUCCGGGGAGAGGCACUGGGCUCCGUCUGCGCCGUCGCCGAGGUGGCUGUCAUCACCAAGACAGAGGAGGAUGACAUCAGCACCCAGUACACGCUUAACGCCACGGGGGCGAUUGUUUCUCAGAAGCCGUCUCACUUAGGUCAAGGCACAACAGUGAGCGUGCUGAAACUUUUCAAGAAUCUUCCAGUGAGACGUCAGUACUAUUCCUCUAUCAAGAAGUGCAAGGAGGAACUAAAGAAAGUGCAGGACCUGCUGAUGGCCUACGCAAUUAUAAAACCUGACCUGAGGCUCACGCUCAUUCACAAUAAGGUGGUGGUUUGGCAGAAGGCCAAGGUGGCCGAUCACAGAAGUGCCCUCAUUGCUACGCUGGGGCUCAGUGCCGUUGCCAACCUGCUCCCUUGCCUCCAUCACCAAGAGCAACCAGAGAUUGUUUUAGAGGGCUUUUUCCCAAAGCCUGGUGCAGAUUUCUCUUCUACAAGCUCAUCUAACCCGGACAAAACCUUUAUAUUUGUCAACAACCGGCCGGUCCACCACAAAGACAUUUUGAAGUUGUUGCGUCAACACUACACUGCUCAGUAUCCGGAUGAGCCAUCCCGAAACCGCUAUCCCAUCCUCAUGCUUAAAGUUACAGUUUCACCCUCUUCAGUCGACGUCAAUCUGACGCCGGACAAGACACAGAUUCUUCUUCAUGACAAGGAGGCUGUGCUGACCGCAGUAGAAGCAUUUCUGGUGUCCCUCUAUGGCUAUCGAGCUAGUGGUGACCCUCCAGCUGAGAAGGAGCUUGGCCAUGAGACAUCUCCCUCGUCUCGUCCCACGUCUAGUCCUUUGCAGACUGAUGCUUCACCACCGGAAAAAGAACAAAGUCUAGAGAGGGAUGACAGUCUCACCAACUACAAUGGUAACUUCCUCAAAGAGGCACAGAAACAUGGUGACACAGCAAUAAGCACCGGUGCAUUACUAGACCCGACCUCAAACAACAGCUCUUCAUCCUCUAUAGCAGAGGACUGGAUUGUCAACCAGAUCCCAGGCGGCCUUGAGUGUAACUUUUCUCUCUAUGAUGAUCAGAGCUGCACUCAGACAGCAGAAACAAGUUCAGCAAGCAAGUCUCCUGAGAGACUCGAGGACAAUGCCGUGUCAGGUGCAGACACAAACCCAGACCAGUUAUCAGCGGAGGACUGGAGCCGCGGGACAGCGUUGACCGACCCCGUAUCACGAGAACCCCUGCAGCCCGUCAAAAUCCAUCAACCCUCAAAGAGCAACCAGUCUGACUCAGUUGAGAUCAAGAGUCCGAGCAGCUCAAACAAAAAGAUGUUCAACGCCAUAACGGAGAAGAGGGCCGCUCUGACGGCCUUCGACCUGAUCAGCAACCGCGCCAUGAGGGCACCGCUGUCUCCUGCCGCCCUGUUCGAGAAGGAGGUCAGAGCGGAGGUCCUCAGGGAGAAACCCACAGCCAGCCUGCAGGAUAUCAGCGUCACCGUUCACGAGAGGUGGAAAAAUCUGAGGGAGGAAGACCGUAAGAAGUAUGAGGAGAAGGCAAAAAAACACCUGGAACACCACGACCAAAGGACCAAGUUGGCCUCUGCUGAAGGCCCCAGAGAGACGAGCAUAAGCACGCCAAGGGGCCACGCACAGGGCCAGAAACGCAAGGCCCCGCUGUCCAACCAGAAGCUGCUGAACGAGCUCUUCUCUGCACAGCCCCAAAAGAAGAGUAGGAGCCCUGCACCGAAGCCCACGCAGCCCCUCCCCUGCAGCGUGGCUGCCCUUCGGCUGCAGCUUCAGCGCCUUUCAUCCCAGAGCAGCGCAGUGCCACGGGGCCUCCGUCUUGUAAACCGGCUGGCCUCUCAGAGCGCCUGGGUCAUUUUAUGUGGUCAGAGGCUCAUGUUGUUAAACCCAUUUCGAGUGGAGGAAGCCUUGCUGUUUAAGAGACUUCUAGAGAAUAAUAUACUUCCAGCAGUGAGUCUGCAGAACCCUAUACAGUUAACAGAUGGAAGUCUAGGGGGAGCUGAAUAUACUGAGGCUUUGUGCAACAUGGAGAAACAAAGACCUGAGCUAAACGGAGGGGCCUUCUUCUCUGAUCCCAGGCUUGUGGCAAAUGGGUUUAAAAUCCAACUCACUCCAGGCCUCCCGUCAGCCGAGAGACAUCUGGAAGUGACAGCAAUGGCAGACUGCGUGCCUUUCCUCGGUGUGGAGGACCUCAGGGAGAUCCUGACUGCAGUUCUUCACAGAAAAGCUAGGACCGUGCAAGAGUGCCGGCCACUUAAAGUCACAAACUACCUACAAGGUGAAGCGGUGCGACUUGCCCGUCAGUUGCCUUCAAAUUUAUCCAGGGAAGAUGUGGAGGAAACCCUUCACCGGAUGGAGCAGCAGUUUGGUGAGGGAAGUCAUACCUGCAUCCAUGGACGGCCAUUUCUCCAGCACCUAUCUGACAUCCCUUCCACAGAUCAGGAAGCUGCAGCUCUGCUGAGGCCCUUAGAGCUGUAGGACUCCUUAAUGAAUCACAGCAGUGCAAUAUCUGUGGAACAGCUGUCUCAUUGUAAUGCAGAUGAUUAUUCUCAAUGUAAGAUACAAACAAAACAUAAAAAUAAAUUUAUUUUUUCUUUGAUAAA